AUGGAACCCAUCGUGUAUGAAGAGUCGCCUCUAGCCGACUACCUCAAAGAUGGAGCCGAUGACUCCGAGGCCGACUGGGCCGCUGUCAACGCCUCACCACGGCCUUCCUCGCCAGAGUUUGACUCGUCGACGCCGCCAAGUCCAUCGCCGUUUGCCCCUACAGGUCGACCAAUGGUGAAAUCGAGAUUCCGAGGCGAGGCCCCAGCUCUCUUGCAGACGGAUGUGCCCGGAGCCCUCGGGGCAUCAAGGCUGCAAUCAAUUAGGAGGAACUGCUCGGCUGCCGUUGUGGCGAGCAUCGAUCGUGCCGACAAUUCCAAAUUUCUCGAGCAGUUUCGCUACACCAUCAUCGCGUCGCAUUUGCUAACCGGGACCUCGAUCCUGGGUUAUCGACCUGCUGCCCCUAGCGUGUCAGGAGCGAACAGCGACGAUAAACACGACCAGUCUCUUUUGUCGACCGAGGGGAUUCUUGCUUCUAUUCUCGGCGCCCUCGCUAUUGCUGUUGUUCUAAGCUGGGUUCUUGGAAACGCGCCCUCAUAUGUCACGCGAAAACAGCUGACAUUUCUCCUGGUUUUGUGCGCGGCCGCAGCCUUUCUUGGUCAGGUAUACAUGCGACGACAGUGGCUUCGCUACAGACGGAAUCAAUCCUUGGCCGAGAUUGCCGCCUUUGUUUCCAAUUCCAGCGAUUUCGAUAGCGCCUCGGAAGCUACAUUGUCGCUUGUGCAGGAAGUAGAGCUUGUUUCUCGUGGUUAUCGAAUGCUAGAGGAUCGCAACCAGGCCCGAAAAUGCGUCCGCCUGCGAAGGGCACUAAAGAACUCAUUCGUAGAUGUCUUAGAUGCCUACAAGCAAAUGGCAAAUCUGAUCCAGGGCUUUUCCGAGCAAACAGAGCUGGAAAAGUACCAUGACAUGUACGACAUCAACGACUUGGACAUGUCUGAUGCUCUGCAAGGAUUCAGCGAGGGCGAGUUUGAGGACGCCGAGUCACUCCGGACACUGAAGAUUCUAGCUGCACGGUUUCACAUCACGCGCAAAAUGCUUCUGUGUGCCUUGUUGGCCCUGGAUGCCAACGGCGAGGGAUCCGACCUGCUCCGGUGGACAACGGCGGUCGAAGUGCUUCGGAGCCUCAACGAAUCCACACGGGCUGCGUUCCAAAAGCUUCAGGGCAUCUUGAGCGAAGCUGAAUCAUUCCCUGUUCCUCCUACUCCCAAGGGUCCCUUAACACCGGGCAGGGAACGCUGGCGCUCCCAGUUGCGCAAAUUGAACUCGUUGUCCACGGGCAUCCGAGGCUUGCAGGCCAAGCUGCACCUGCUGAGAGAAGAAUCCGAUCGCGCGCUAGACGACUCCAACGACAUUUCGGAACUAGCGCCAGACUUGAUGUCACAAUACGAAUCUAUUGGGGCAGACCUCAAGGAACUCAUGUCUGCGUGGGAGGAGGGCAGGGCUGCUCUGGCUCUGGGAAUCGAUAGAAACGAAAAGAGACUGUCAUCUAUGAGCACGCUCUUGUCUCCCAGGAGCUCCCUCAGCGGCCUGACGACGGUUGGUGAAGGCACCGCAGAAGAUGCCCUCAAGGCGCUGACGGGCGAAUCACCGCCCGCUUCAGACGAGAAUGAGCCGAAUGAGCCAGAGACGCCCGAGGUUUUCGAGGCUGUGGCACACCCGCGACCAAAGAGCUCACUCACCAGAGAAGAACGAAUUGUCAAGAUGAAGGAGGAGCGCGACCAAAAGGCACAGGCUCGAAAACAGAUGGAUGCCACCAGGGGCAUGCUCCGCGAGCUGGAGACGGUUAUCAACUUGCGGCCCAAGACGCGUGCCAGCGCCCUCCCAUCAAACCGAGUUGUCUCCAUGUGA